AGAACAUACUGAUGCUUGUGGAAAUUGCCUUGGAGAACCCCUAGUCUGUUACCUUCACAUUGUGGAGGAUGCUGUGCUGCUGUUGGAGCAGGCCCAAGCAGUGUCUACACCUAACUUUUCAAAGGAAAGGAAAACGAUUCCCUCUUUAAUUUGUUUCUGACACAGCUGAAGAACACUUUUUGCCUUAUGACCCUACUAAUAUCCUGUAUUAUAACUGGUAAUUCAUAAAUACUAUAUUAUCUCUUAAGUUAAUAUGAAGCUUUUAGCAAUUGUGUAACUGAGCAACUGAGUGGUAAUUCUAGAAUAUGUCUGUUGGAUUUACAUAGUGUAGCCCAAACCACUUUCCCAUUUGUAGAAUAGUUUUAAUACUGUAGGAGUUAUUCAAGGUUGGCGUAGAAAAGCAAAUUUCAAGGGAGCUUUAAAACUACCUAUAGAUAUGAAAAAACCCCCAAAGAAACAACAAAACAAAACAACAAAAACCAAACCUAAGAUUUCUGUUAGUAAAAGGUGUUUUCUGUUCCUUCCCUUUAUGGUCUCCAGGAGGAGCUGAGCUGAGUGCUCCUUCUUAAAACAGCUGACCUGUUGCUUGGUCCAGGAGCCCUCUCUCUGCAGGUGCCUCCGGAGAGCAGCUCGGCUUUAUCGCUGUCCGCUGCAGGUACUGCGGGGCCGGUGUCAGCACAGACGGCUGCAGGAGCGGUAGAGCCGAGAGGUUUACAGCAGCUUCAGCUCUUGUCCAGGGGCUUGGGAGGGAGCUGCCAAUGAGGCACUCGUGGAGCCGCUGCAGCAGGGCUCACGCUGCCAGAGCUGGGGCCCGUGUCGCUCCGAGCCGCUCCCGAGGUGCAGUGACCAGCACGAGGUGAGAGAGGCGGGGAAGGCGGCGCCGCUCCUGCCCGGCCCGGCCCCCGUGACGGCACCACCGGGGGCGGGCCCGGCACCGCUUCCUGAGCGGCGGGGUGGGGCUGGCGGGCCGGGCAUGGGGGGCGCCGGGCCGGGCCGGGGGCCCGCGGGGCUGUGGGUGACGCUGGCGCUGGCCUGGAGCGCCGUGGCUGCGGAGGGCCCGGCCGAGCCGUGCGGGGCCGAUGGGUGGGCGCAGGACGUCGUCCCGCCGGGCGCGGCCUUCGUGGCCGCCGCGUCGUACCGCGGGCCCGGCAACAACGACACGCGGAGCAACAAGGCGCUGCCCAUCCUGCUGUGGUGGAGCGGGAGCCUCUUCCCGCACUUCCCCGGCGACACGGAGCGCAUCGACUGCCCCCGCGGCUCCUGCCUCGUCACCCGUAGCCGGCGGGUUGCCGGGCAUCGCCGCACCAAGGCGCUCAUCUUCUACGGCACCGACUUCAGGGCGUACGAGGCGCCGCUGCCCCGCCUAUCCCACCAGACCUGGGCGCUCUUCCACGAGGAGUCCCCCAUGAACAACUACGUGCUCUCGCACUCGCCCGGCAUCCGGCUCUUCAACUACACGGCCACCUUCCGCCGGGAGUCCGACUACCCGCUGACGCUGCAGUGGCUGCCCGGCACCGCGUACCUGCAGGCCCCGGCCGUGCCGCUGGCCGAGAAGGACGCGUGGCGGCGGAAGGGCUACGGCCCGGUGCUGUACAUGCAGUCCCACUGCGAUGUGCCCUCGGACCGGGACCGCUACGUGCGGGAGCUCAUGAAGUACAUCCAGGUUGACUCCUAUGGGAAAUGCCUGCAUAACCGUGAGCUCCCCAGUGAGCGACUGAGAGACACUUCUACAGCCACUACAGAAGAUUCUGAAUUUAUGACUUUCAUUGCCAGGUACAAGUUUCAUCUGGCCUUGGAGAAUGCCAUAUGUGAUGACUACAUGACAGAGAAGCUGUGGCGUCCCAUGCACUUGGGGGCUGUCCCAGUGUACCGAGGCUCCCCAGCUGUGCGGGACUGGAUGCCAAACAACCUCUCCAUCAUUCUUAUCGAUGAUUUUGAUAGCCCCCAAGAGCUGGCAAAGUAUCUUGAUUUCCUGGACAAAAAUGGAGAGGAAUAUUUGAAGUAUCUACAGUAUAAAAACGUUGAUGGAAUCAAAAAUCAGUUUUUGCUAGAGAGCUUGGAGAAGCGGGAAUGGGGUGUGAAUGACAUGACUCUGCCCAAUUACCUGAAUGGCUUCGAGUGUUUCAUCUGUGACAAGGAGAACACCCGGGUCAAAGAGGAGCAGGAGCACAAGAAGUCUCGUGGGAAAAUUCCAGCUCCCAGACCUCAUAUAGCUCAGUUCAAGCACAUGGGAUGUCCUAUGCCAACCCCUGGGUUUGGAAGUGUGGAAGAACUCUCUGAGGGAGACAGUUGGAAAGAAAUGUGGCUGCAGGAUUAUUGGCAAAGCCUUGAUCAGGGUGAGGCCCUCACUGCUAUGAUUCAUCACAAUGAGUCUCACCAGGGAAGAUUUUGGGACUACAUGCAUGAGAUUUUUCUCAAGAGGACAAGGCAACACUGACCCAUCUUUGUAAGAGCUUGAUUUGAAAAUUGCAUUGAAAGUUGAGACUCUGAAUUCUUACCUCACUUCAAAUGUUUGCCUUGAAAAAACACAAAACCAAAAAACCUCUCACAGAGACCAUUUUUUCUGGUGCAUGAAGUAAGUUUCUGUUAUGAUUGGAUUUCAGCAGUGGAAAUGUUAGCAACUGCUUUGAUUUGAGUUUCAGCUCUGUGGUGUGAAGCCACUCCUGACUUGCAGGUGUCAACACGUGGGGCAAAAGAGGAAUUUACUUUCCUUUUGCAUUUGCUAUACUUACAUUGUAUUCUAUUGAGUCUUACAUGACUUCGGGCUCUUGCUCAAGUGCCCUAAGUUAUUUCAGGGAUUUUUUUAAGUCUUCAGAUUAUUAGGUUUUUUUUUAAGUAUUUUAUCAAUCACAUAUUCUCUUCAUUAAGAUGUACUUUUAGCUGCUAUUAACAAAUGGCUUUUCCAGUGAAGGAAUUACAAAAGACACAUCUGUGAAGAGCAAUCGUGCCUUAUGAAACUGCUGCAAUAAAGUCUCUUCUCCCCAGGUGACAUGCCUCAAAUACUCCUCCUUUCCAAGGUAGCUGAACAACUGCGGGCAGGUCACUUAACUCUCUGCCUAAUUUUCCUCUUUUGAUUACUUGGCAGAUCAUAUGCACAAUGAGAUGGGAGAACUAUUUAAGUUGCAACUUUCAACAAAGUAUUUCACACCAGAAAGCGUAUUACCUGGUAUUGUGUAGAACAAAAUAAAUAUGCUUUGGUUCUUUCAAGUUUACAUUAUAUCUGAAAUCUGUAAUCUUGACUUAUUGUUAUCUCCUUAAUGCUAGCAAUUCAGGGGCCUUGGAUUUUUUUCCUUUUGAAUAUGUAAAGCUUUCUGCAAGACAAAUACAUUUUAACAACGAUGCCUUUCCAGUGGUCUCUGCAGUUUGGAUACAAGUCUUUGUAUGCUGAAAUGGGUGAUCAGAACCAGGUGCACUGAGAUGGUAUUGUAUCUCUACCAAUCCUAACACAUUGUGAUCCUAGUCUGUGACCAGAGUUCCAUGUGGAUAGAUCUUCCUUGCUUCACAGCCUGUAUUGCUUACAGGGAUAAAUAAACUCCACUGUUCCCUGCCAUAGUGGGUAUCUUUCUGAAAUAAUUAAUCUUGCAAUGGAGGGAAACUAAUUAAUUCAGCAUCACAGGUUUAAAAGCACACACAAAUAUGCCACGCUGCAAUGAUGUCUCUAAUGGUAUAAUGCUGUUUUCUUUCUCCAUUUCCCCUCCUCCUUCAGAAGUUAACUGGCUAAAGAGCCAGAGUUUCUGUGCUUAAGAUAGAUUGUUGGUAAUGAAAGUCUUCAGUCUGUUGUGUAAUUUGAUCUUGUGAGGCAGUUUAUGCAUUACUAUGAGAAGUCUGAUGUCUGUCAGUAAAAGUUAGGAACAGCAGUGACUCUAAAUUCUCUCCCUAAUUACAUCACAGUCUAUUGCUUAAUGCAUGGACUUAGUAUAGAUCAGUUACUAUAUUUUUCUUUCCCCUCAAAUUCCCCUUCCUAAUGUUAUAGAUAUGGUGUUGCAGGUAUAUACCAGUAUAGGGAAUGAUCAUCUCAAUGUCUGCUUCUCAGGUGACAUAACAAUAUUGCCAUGUCAAAAUCAGGUCACCUUGACAGCAAACACCAGACUCAUGACUAUCACUGGAUUUUUAUAAGUCUAGAAAAUGCAUACAUUGUACAUUGUUCUCACCUGAUUGUUUUUAGGAGAUGAAUGUAAUAACAGUAACAAGUGAUUCUUCAGCUAAAAUGCAUUUAUCAGUAUAAGUUCCUUUUUUUCAGUUAGUCAGGAGACAUGAAUACCUAAGAGAAUAUAUCUCAAUUAAUUGUUAAACUGGAUCAAAUCAGAUUAAAAAUUAUAGAUGUGUAUUCAGGACCAUUUGCUUGAGAAGUAAAUUAAGAUAAAACAAAUUAAGGCUGCUUUAGUUCUGAAUAUUGACUUCUACUAAACAAGUUAAUGAUAUUUAAGUAAAUUGUUUGAAUUAAUGCCUUCAGUUACUUAAUUUCAAGUUUCUGUAUAGAAAAUAAAUGUCUUCUUUAACUGCAUUCUUUUAAUUAGCUAUAUCUCAAAACACUUUCUUAUUCAAGUAUUUGGUGGAAUGGCCAGAAGGACAAAUUGUGAUCUUGCUUUUUGUACUAAACAUAAAAAAGUAAGAACCAGGUACUAGCACAUGCUGCUUUUACUAUCUUAUCCUAUAAUUUAAGUAGAUUUUUCAGAAGUGCAGCAUUUAUAAUAAUUUCCAGGUCUUUAUGUCAUGCUGCAUUAAAUGCACUGUCCCAACAGGAGGAAGUACCAGUGUGAGUAUGUGCAUCAGCACCUGCUUAGUCCUUGAUGAAUGAUGUCCAAAGCCCCAUUUUGUGUUCCUGCUCAGCAGCAUAAGCAUGUUUCUCAACUAACAGUAGCAUUGAAGAUCUGGUGGUACAAGCUGAAGAGUAGCUACCAAAAGGCAACGUGCAUUACGGAGAUGUCAGUGAUGAUGGCCUGCUGGAAACAGAAUGACUUCAACGACGCGCCUUGUGCCGAGGAGAUCAGGAUGUUCUACGACUGCGUGACAAAGGCAGAA